AUGGAGGGCGGCGAACUGCUGGGGAAGAAGCAGCUCAGCCCGCCCAACAGGAGGCGCUGGUGCAGGUGCAGCACGACCACGGUGACGCUGCUGCUCUUCCUGGUCACCAACACCGCCUCCAUCCUCCUCUCCUCCGGCGCCGGCGCCUCGGUCGUCCGCCGCUACGAGCCCGCCGCCGUCCGCCUCUGGGACGACUCCGCCGCCCUCCUCGCCGACCUCAAUGCCACGCGGUCCGCGCUGCAGUCCAGCCGCGUCGAGCUCGCCGGCCUCCACGCGCGCCUCGGCACCGCCACCGCGCUCCUCCAGACCCUCCUCGCCGAAGCGCGCGGCGGCGAUGAUCAGCAGAAGGAGGAUGCACCCGCGUCCGGAACUGGGUGGUGGGCACGCGAGCUCGCCGGCGAGCUCAAGCUGGCUGUCGGGAACGCCAGCGCCGGCGAGGCGGCUCUGGGCCACGCGUGCGGACGCCUCCAGGAUGAGCUCGAGCGGUACAUGGACUAUAUGCCCGGCGGCGAGUGCCCGUCCGACGCGGCGCUCGAGCACCUGCUCAUGCGCGGGGGCUGCGAGCCGCUGCCCCGGCGGCGUUGCCGGCCGCGGUCACCGGCAGGGUACGUGGAGCCGGCGCCGCUGCCGAAGAGCCUGUGGUCAAUGCCGGCGGACGCCAGCGUCGUCUGGGACGCGUACCACCCGUGCAAGAACUACUCGUGCAUGGCGAGCCGCGGCUUGGGCUUCGACCUCCGCGGACGCCGCGAGAAGGGCCUGUGGACGCGCGACGACGGCGCGCUCGCCUACUCCGUCGACACGGCGCUCGCGGCCAAGCCCAAGGCCAAGGGCGCGGUGCGCAUCGGGCUCGACAUCGGCGGCGGGGGCGGCACAUUCGCGGCCCGGAUGCGCGAGCGCGGGGUGACCGUAGUGACCGCGACCACCAACGCGGGCGCGCCGUUCGGCAGCUUCGUCGCGUCGCGGGGGCUCGUACCACUGCACGUCGGCCCGGCGCGCCGCCUGCCCUUCUUCGACGGCACGCUCGACGUCGUACACGUGUGGCGCGAACUGGCGGGCGGCUGGAUGGUGCCCGGCGACGGCGUGGCGCUCGAGUUCGCGCUGUUCGACGUCUACAGGGUUCUCAGGCCCGGGGGGCUGUUCUGGCUCGACCACUUCGUCUUCCCCGGCGCGCAGCUGAACGCAACGUACGCUCCAAUGCUUCACCGCGUGGGGUUCAAGAGGCUGCGGUGGAACGCCGGCCGGAAGCCGGACGGAGGAGUGGAGAAGAACGAGUGGUACCUAUCGGCGCUGCUCCAGAAGCCCAUGACAUGAUGACUACUAGGAGACUGGGUUAGGCAAGAACCUGAACUAAACAAACUGUAUCUGGAGGCUGAAUUGAUUAUUUUUUCGCAACCAAAGUACUGAGCAGUCUGAGAAGUGAGAACAUUGUAACUUCAAUCCGAAAACAGAACAAUUGCAUCAUGCGUUUUCUUUUCGUA